UGCCUGGAAUAAUUCCGCUUCCGUUUGGAAAGCCGCAGCCUCAGUCCCGCCGCCGCCCGCCGCGGCCGCCCAGCUCCAACUCCGCGUCCCGCCGCCAUGGCCACCUCUCCGCAGAAGUCUCCCUCGGUCCCCAAAUCUCCUACCCCCAAGUCGCCUCCGUCCCGCAAGAAGGAUGACUCGUUCUUGGGGAAACUCGGAGGGACGCUGGCCCGGAGGAAGAAAGCCAAGGAAGUAUCCGAGUUCCAGGAGGAAGGAAUGAACGCCAUCAACCUGCCCCUGAGCCCCAUCUCCUUCGAGCUGGACCCCGAGGACACCAUGCUGGAGGAGAAUGAGGUGCGGACGAUGGUGGAUCCAAACUCACGCAGUGAUCCCAAGCUUCAAGAGCUGAUGAAGGUGCUCAUCGAUUGGAUCAAUGACGUGUUGGUGGGAGAAAGGAUCAUUGUGAAGGACCUGGCUGAAGAUCUCUAUGACGGCCAAGUCCUGCAGAAGCUCUUCGAGAAACUGGAGAGUGAGAAGCUCAAUGUGGCAGAGGUUACCCAGUCGGAGAUCGCCCAGAAGCAGAAGCUGCAGACUGUGCUGGAGAAGAUCAAUGAGACCCUGAAGCUUCCUCCCAGGAGCAUCAAGUGGAAUGUAGACUCUGUACAUGCCAAGAGCCUGGUUGCCAUCCUCCACCUGCUGGUCGCUCUGUCUCAGUAUUUCCGGGCACCAAUCCGACUCCCAGACCAUGUUUCCAUCCAAGUGGUUGUGGUCCAGAAACGAGAAGGGAUCCUCCAGUCCCGACAAAUCCAAGAGGAAAUAACUGGUAACACAGAAGCCCUUUCCGGAAGACAUGAACGUGAUGCCUUUGACACACUGUUUGACCAUGCACCAGACAAGCUCAACGUGGUCAAGAAGACGCUCAUCACAUUCGUGAACAAGCAUCUGAAUAAACUGAACUUGGAGGUCACAGAACUGGAGACACAGUUUGCAGAUGGAGUCUACCUGGUGCUGCUCAUGGGGCUCCUGGAGGGCUACUUUGUCCCCCUGCACAGCUUCUUCCUGACCCCAGACAGCUUUGAACAGAAGGUCCUGAAUGUCUCCUUUGCCUUUGAGCUCAUGCAAGAUGGAGGGCUGGAAAAGCCUAAACCCCGGCCAGAAGAGCUACCCGAGGGUGCAGUCCACAGCCUCCUGCUUCUGUCUCUUCACUGUGCUGUGAGCACUUUCCCCAGCUGCUCAUGGCCCUGCGUGAGUAGAGAGAAUGAGAAUCAGCCAGAUUCCAUAAAGCUGCACCUGGAAGAAGACAUUGUCAACUGUGACCUGAAGUCCACGCUGCGAGUGCUAUACAACCUCUUCACCAAGUACCGGAAUGUGGAGUGAGGACCCGGGCUGCCUGCCGAUGCCCGGCCUCUUUCGCUGCAGGCCAUCUGGACCAGCUUCCCAACUGCCUUGCCCUGCUUGCUCCUGUCUCUUGCUCUACACUCUCCCACAAGCCCAGCGACCACCCAGAGAUAGUGGACAUUAAAAUCAGUAAGGAAAUGACCACUAACCCAGUGGGCUAACCACAUCUGUAGGCCCGGGGGACUGACCUAGCAGUGACUUGGGAAAUUGUCCCCAUUCAAAUUGAGGCUCCAGAUGUCUCUACGUGUGCUAUGGGAGUCAGCACAGCCUAGAGGCUGCCCCCACACACAGCAUAAAAAUAAAGAUCAGAGUUAGUCCUCACACUAAGGGAGGUCUCUGCUGUGCUCAAGUUCACUAGCCUCAAACUCCAUUGAAGGAGAUGUCAUUCUCCCCUUUUAUAGACGAGGAAACUGAAGCCCAGAGAUGCAGAGAUUUGCUACUCGUUAACAUGUAUUUUUCCUCUUUGAGCAACUUACUGGUUAAUAACCGGUCAAUAACUGGUCAACUGUACGCCAUUCUGUGUGUAUCCUAAAGUGCGUACAUGCUUGUGGAGACCUGCCUUACCUGCAUAUACCUGCUUCCUCCAGCAGACAAGACACUCUGAUCUCACCCUAGGGCAGGCCAGGUCAGGGCUGGGUGAGCCGCACUAAAAUUACCAAAUUGAAUUUAACUCAAUUAAUACUGUGUGUGUGGCGGUAGCCACGUCCCUCAAAUCCUUUGUACAAAUGAAAAUUACCCUUAAUUCCUUCAGAUUGGUAAUAAGCCCACGCUCCGGUUGCAGGAUGACAUUUGGGAAGGGUUCUGUUUGGAAUUAAUAGAGUGCCCAUUUCGCAGCCUUUUUGCUUGAUUGCAUGUAAUGGAUGUGCCCUAUAUUUUCCUGCAAAAUAAGUACUCAAUUCAUUAUCGUUAGGCAAAUGUAGGGUGUACUCGCGCAUGGCAGAGCUGGGCACAGACCCACUGGAGCAUCGCCUGAGAAGUAGGGCUCGUCAACGGGGACCCUUGAACUUUCAAAAAAAAGGACCUCCUUUUUGCCUUCUAAUUGGUCAUUUAGACCAUUCUGGCUAAGUCUGCCCACAUGCAAUUACUGGCUAAUUCCAGGCGAGGAAAAUGUCAGUCAUUGAAACCGAAGCUCAGCAUCUCGUCUCACUCGGGUGGCUCAAGGGCUGCUGGUUGUGUAUCUCCUCAUGCAAACCUGACUUUGAAGGAAAGUUCUGCUGUGCCAGUCUGCAUCUAGGUCCUGUAGAGAAAACAAAGGGGCUGAUGGGUACAGGGAGGGUCAGACCUAAGGGAACAGGAAGUGAGGGUGGGGGAGCUGGAUACUAAUGUACUUAACAUGUGGGGGAUACCCUCAGAGACAGAGCUGCAGGUGCGGUCCUUGGCCCUGUGCUCUUCAAUUGAGAAGGCCUUGGGAUGAUGACCUGUGCUACUGCUGUCCUCACAGAACUCUUAUAAAUGUGCCAGGGAGAUGCCAGCUUGGCUUGCCUCCUCCAGAAGCGUGUGACCACCUUGUUACCCCUUGUCUUAGUUACAUUUCUCACUGGAACAAAAUAACCAUAAUAACCAAAGCCAUUCAAGGGAAAAAGGGCUUGUUUGGGCUCCCAGUCUAAAGGCACACAGCCUAUCAUGGAAGGCAAAGCAUGGUGGCAGGAGAUGCCGUGGUAGGAAGAGCAUGCAGCCAGGCUCCCUCACCUCACACUGUGUCAGAACAAGACAAGAACAGACAGGGAGUGGGUCUGAACUAUCAAACCCAAAGGCCCUCCUGCGAGAUUCCACCUCCUAAAGAUUUCACAGUUUUUCAAAACAGUGCCACCGACUGAGAAGCAAGUGUUCAAACUGAGCCUAUGGGGGAUGUUUUCCACUCGAACUGAAACAGCUAAUAAAGCCUUCCCUAGUUUGAGGGUUCACCAAGAUGGCUUUCCACAACAUUCCAAGUGCUCUUGUUUCUUUUUGUACGGACCAUCCAGGGCAGCUCAGAACCCAGAACCUUUGGAUCCACUCUGCACCUCCCUGGCUGCUUUGUCCUAGGAAUUGUUACUCUGCACUGUGAGCAUCUACGAUGUGAAGGCAAUGUACUGUCUUACGUUGAUCUGUGUGUACGAACAGAAUUCUUUUUUGCAUAAUCAAUGAAAUAUCAUAUUUUUCACUAGGA